AUGAACGAAGCGGAAAAACCUCCUGAAAAUCUCGAAGUGUACGAACUAUCCGGGGCACAGAUAAGCGAAUCUGAAGAAUUCUUUCAAACUCAGGAUGAACAAUACGACCUAUCCGCAACACAGAUAGACGAGCCACAAGUGUUCUCACAAAUCCAGGACGAGCCGUACGAUCCUUACGCCCAUCGAAAGCCAGCCAAACCAGUCUCCAACUUCAAAUCCCUGGCGACUUUGAUUAAAAGCGUGAUCGGGACCGGAUUGUUCGCGAUGCCGAACGCGUUCGCGAGCGUCGGUUUGGUGAUCGGAGUGGCCGGCACGAUUCUGAUUGGAUUGCUGAUCACUGGCUGCCUUCACAUUUUGCUCAAGAUCCAUCGCAAGAUGUGCAUCCGUUUGAGGAGGCCGAUUUUGAACUACGACGAGGUGGUGGUCGCCACGUUGACCACAGGCAACAAAAAGCCUUGGCUGUCCUCCCGAAUUGCGACAUGUCUGGUGGACAGCUCGAUAAUAAUGUGUUACAUAGGUGUAGGCGCCGUUUACGUUGUGUUCAUAUCCGGGAUCGUGCAAGAAUUCUACGAUUUCGAGGGGAUAGAUCACAAAUACAUAGUGUUGAUACUGUUCCCAUUCUUCUUCGUGAUGAACAUGAUGAAAUAUUUAAACGACAUAGCGAUCAUCUCAAUCAUUGGAAACUUGUUCCUGUUCGUCGCUGCUGUGAUAGCCGUUGUGUACGCGUUGAAAGACGGGAUUGGCGGUGAAUGGGUUACAAUCAACCAGAACGUCGGCCUUUAUCCCAAAUUCGUUGGGACCGUGUUCUUCAGCAUAAGCUCCCCUGGAAUAAUGCUGGAAGUGGAGCACGACAUGAAGAAACCGUGGAAUUACACGAAAUUCACCGGGGUGUUGAACCACGGUAUGAUGCACAUUACCCUUUUCCACACUUUCGUCGGUGUGAUCGGCUAUUUGAAAUUUGGCCCCGACUCUAACGGCAAUUUCAUUCGAAACUUCACCACGAACGAUCCAGCGACGAUACUGGCACUGGUGAUGCAAGCCCUCUCCAUAUACUUCACGUACGGCCUACAAUGUUACAUGCCGAUAAUCAUUUUAUUGGAUCAGUACAUCAUGCCAGGAGACGACGAUAACCAGCCUCGUGGUAAAAUUUACCUCUUCUGGAACGUGAUGAUUCGUUUGGUCGUUACUUUCAUCACGUGUAUUUUGGCGGCGAUAAUUCCUAAAUUGGAUUUAUUCAUGGCCGUGGUCGGGGCACUUGGCACGUCGACUUUAUCAAUCAUUAUUCCAGCCUUUCUCUACAUUCUGGUGCAUCACAACAAUUACGGAACACUGAAAUGGAAAUUGAUUUUCGGCUUGUCCUUGUUGAUCGCUGUCUGCUUUAUCACGUCCUACGUCAUCGUAGUCAAUUUAACCUUGAUCAUCGAGUUUUUCAAAAACAGGUAAA